AUGCUUGACCAAGGGCAGCCAAGCGGCAGUGCUGGCAGCCGCCAGGGAGUCCGCGUGUUCAGAUUGGGCAGGAAACUGCGUUUUUCAGAUGUGACUUCCUGUUUCGUGUUAUUUGUACCUGUUGAUGGACCCAGAGCCACGGUUUAUGGUCCAGCAGCAUCUCAGAGCGCGGUCUUUGGAGAUGUAUGCCCCCUACUCGUGUCUCUCUUGGAUGGGUACCAAGUUUGUGUUAUGACGUAUGGACAGACAGGCAGCGGGAAGACCUACACCAUGCUGGGAUCCCAUUCGGACGAUAACCCUAUCCUGCCUUUCCUCCCACGGGACUUAGGAAUUAUCCCCAGAGAGGCUGAGGAGCUCGUCAGGCUUAUUUUGGAAAAUCCCUCAAGAAUCCCAAAGGUUGGAGUCUCCAUCGUGGAAGUUUAUAAUAAUGAUGUUUUUGACCUUCUGGCCAAAGACAGCGUUGUAGCUGUGUCAGGGGUCAAGCGUGAGGUGAUGACAGCCAAGGAUGGCCGGAUAGAGGUCGUGCUGCUGGCCUCUGAGGUGGUUGGCAGCACCUCGAGACUGAUGGAGCUCGUUCGUGGAGGUCCGCAGCUCAGGGUGAAGCACCCCACCCUGGUGCACGUGGAUUCUUCCCGGUCUCACCUGAUAAUUACAAUGACUCUCACCAUAGUCACCUGCUCUGACAGCACUGCAGACCGAACCUGCAGUGCCACCCUCCCCAGGGAACAAACAGAGGCAGGACGGGCAGGAAGGAGCCACAGUGCUUCUCUCCGGGCUGCACAGCUGCUUCCUGGAGGCCCUGCAGAGUGCAUGGAGCAGGUGCAGGCCUGACUGCAGCUUGUGGACUUGGCCAGCAGCCAGUGCGUCAGUGUGUCCGGGGCCACCGGGGCGGCCCUGAGGGAGACAGCGUGCAUCAACCGCAGUCUUGCACUCCUGGCAGACGUCCUGGGGACCUUGUCGGAGCGCCUCGGCCAUGUCCCAAACCAGAAGAGCAGACCCACCCACCUCCUUCAGGACUGCCUCCGAGGCGACGCAAAGCUGCUGGUGGUUCUGUGCGUGUCUCCCAGCCACAGGCACCUGGCGCAGGGGCUGCAGGGGCUGCAGGGACUGUGCUUUGGAACCCGUGCUCAGCAAGUCCAGCGAGGCCCAGCCAGAAAGAGGCAGCCCAGCUCCCUGGCAGAGGGAAAGAAGCAGCCGGAUUGA